UCGCGUUCUAAGACACUCCGAUCCUCUCGACGAUGAUCCUCUCUCCUGAUCAGUUCCCCAGUGUCCAGCGGUUUAGCUACCUUUUAGGUUAUGCUCCGAUCGGGUUGACCCCGAUUCCCAUCCCCGGACGGUCCAGCGUUGUUUACCAAGCGUUCCAAAGGACGUGCGCUCGAGGACCAACCGGACACCGAUCCUCCGUGGUUCUUCGGGUCGUUCGUCGGCGUUUUCGUCGAACCUGCUCGGAGAUCGUCCGGUUCCUCGGCUACUCGUUCCUCGUCCUUUCCCCGAUCGGUUACCUGAAAAUGAUUGAAUCAGGUCAGUGUUUUCGACCAUAAGUUGCGCCCGCGUCUGCGCCCUGCCCGCCGUGCGCCUCCCUGUUGAAAACUAGGGACAACCCAAACACGAUACUCUUCUUCUGUUCCGCGACGCGUUUGUACUCGCGUGCCGGACCCGUUAACCUCGAUAAUCGACCGAUCGCCGCCCUCGGUUCCCCUUGAACGUCCGACGCGUUUCACGCCUCCGGACAGAGUUCCUUUCAGGGACGUUCCCCUCUCGCGAGGAUCGUCGAUUUCGUAGAGGAUGGAAGAAUCUUUGGGUUCCUCGUUGACCGACUCGGGACACCGGUUUUCGUCCUGCUCCAGUUUCCUGGAGACAUUCGAGACCCGGCCGCGCCUCUCGGAACGGCUAACGGGAAUCCUCUCGAGACCCGGCAACCCUUCCUUGACGUCAUUCGCGCGCGGUUGUCGCGGAAAAUAGCCGCGUUUGAGAAAAAGGGAGAGGAAAAAAAGAGCGACAACACAAACUGGCGCAAGGAUGUAUGGGUAUUCGAUAAUAAUUCUCUCCCCAGGGGCGGCGGGCGCCUUUGUUUAUAGUACGUUCUACUUGGUUAUCGCAUAUAUAAAACGCGCUGGGGUAAAUUACUUGCCUGUUGACCCGGCGCGCAGACACUCCGGUUCGCUUAACAUCUAGGCGAUAAGCAUUCUCCAACGCGGCGGCGGCGGCGGCUGCGACGCCAGUGGCUCGACAGUUUUACGGUUUCUUUACACGCAAUUACGCCUCGUUUCGACCUGUCUCAUUGAUAGACUCCUCUUCUGCGGGCUGCCCGGUGUUUGCCAGCUCCGUUGCCUUAUGGAAUUUCGCGAGGGAUGCGGAUUCGGGGAACCGGUCGUGGAAGGAUCCGAGCAACGCGACCCGCGAGACAUUACCGAACACGUACUAAGUAUUUCGAGCGAGGAUCCCGAGUUACGGAGCAAGAGACCUUUCAAGAUAUGGGACAGCUGGCGCAACGUUAGGAAGGGGCUGGUCGUCAGUAACUUCGAGGAGCUGAUACACAGGGGCAAGGAGAAACUGGGUGUCCCGCAGAACGAGAACGUGUCGCUGGUGCUCGAGUCCGACGGGACGCAGGUCGAAGACGGCGAGUACUUCAAGACACUAGCGAACAACACGAUCCUGCUGUUGCUGAGGCAUGGUGAACGUUGGUGCCCGACUGGUGUCGAUAUCAUACGCGCCGCGAUUUCAGCGAUCCCGAAAAUAGUCUGCGAGACGAUCCACGCCCUGGAGCUGCACGAUGAGACGCCGUCGUGGAAGAUCAUGGACAAUAAGGGGCGGGUCACCGUGGUGCUGCACUGGGACCAGCGUUCCUCCGCGUCGUCGCAGGUGCAGCAGCAGCAGAAGGGUCCUGACGCCGGCAGCUCGAAGUACUCGCCCACCAAGAAGGCCGACCUGAGUGGCGCGCAGCGGCCGUCGCUGGUGAUCCAGACGAGCCUGGACAAGCUGAACUACGGCGCGAAGCCGGGACACCUAUCCGGCGAGCUCGGCCCCAGCCGCUACGCCAGCCCCCAAAUUACUGUGAUAAAUCAUGACGACAUGCAGCAGCAGCAGCAGCCGCAGCAGCAGCCGCACGGGAUGCCCGGCCGCCUGGUGAAGCAGGGCACGAACUCGUUCGACAGCACCACCAUCCAUAUCCACACGCCCGAGUGUUCGAAUCACAUCCACCAGCCGGUGGUGAGGAACGGUAGCCCGGUGAACGGCGCGGACAGCGGGGCGAGCGGCGAGUGCGACUUCCAUUGCUGCGCCCUGCACGAGGAGGGCCGCCGGAUCGCGGUGCACAAAUCGGUGGCCACCUCGCCGAUCCAGGACGCCCAACAUCAGCAGUACCAGCAGCAGCAGCAGCACCAUCAUCCUCACCAGCAGCAGCAGCAGCAGCAACAGCAGCAGACGCAAACGCAGACACCGUCGCCGCAGCCUCCGUCUUCUUUGUCGGACGGCACCAGGCGACCCGGCCUGGUCAAAGGCCACGUGCGUUUCUGCGACACCGCGGACGACGACUCGGGAGGGUCCCGACUGGCCGGGAACUCGUCCACGGCGGGAUUCCACAUGAGACAUCAUCACAACCAUCAUCAUCAGGAGCACGACAGCUCCGAGUCGGAGACCGAGAACACGAUCAUGGAAGACGAGAUCGUCACCUCGGAGAAGUUUUUACUGCUCAUCGAUCAGCUCACCGUAGACCAGAAACACUUAAGCAUCAAGGACAUCGGUAUCAUACUGGAACGGCUCAGCUCGAAGAUCGUCGACGUGGAGCGGUUGGACCGCGAGAGCGAGAGCGAGGAGUGUUACAACUGGACGAUCAAGGCGAUCAUCAAGGGGGACGUGCUGAGGGAGCUCGGCGUCAUCUACAACGGGAACUACUACGCGAUCUCCGAGCAUCCCGGCUACAAGGAGGAGUCCGAGGAGAAUAACGAGGAUAACGAGGAGGAGGAGGAGGAUAGACUUUAAUAUGAUGCUGUUUCGCUAGAUAGAUAGAUAGAUAGAUAGAUAGAUAGAUAGAUAGGUAGAUAGUUAGGUAGAUAGAUAGAUAGUUAGGUAGAUAGAUAGAUUAUACACCUAUUAAUGGUUAUUAUUACAAAUCUAGUACGUACUCGAGCUGCGGGGGUGAAAGAGAGAGAGUGAGAGUAAGAGAGAGAGAGAGUAAGAGAGAGUGAGAGUAAGAGUGAGAGAAAGAGAGAGAGAGAGAGAGAGGGGGGUUCGAUGGAUUUCGCGGGAUCGUUUCGAUUGGGUAGGCGAGGAGAGGUAGAGGGAAUCGCGCGGAGCAGCGAAACGUGAUUUUUUUCAAAAUGUUUUCAUAAUAAAACGAAACGCGAGGACGGGACGCAUCGAGGCGGGGCCGGAAAAACGAGGAAAAAAAAUAAUAAUAUGAGAAAAUCGUACGAUACCUUAUAAACUUAGCUCUAAAGACGGUUGUUGAAGUAUGUACUUAUUAAAUAGUAUGUAUACUUGUAGGAAACGUUUUUUGGGAUUACGGACAUUGAUUCCGUAACCGUCCACAACACUGCCCUAUCUAAAAAAAAAUGAAAGAAAGAAACAGAAAAGAUAAGAAGAACGAAGAGAGACUUAGAGACAAACGCGCAGCCAGAAACGAAGAUCACUCGAGAGGAGAAACGGGAUACGAGAGAAAUAAAGAGGGAAAUAAGUCUUCCCGAUCGACGAAGGAGACGCUGAACGAAGAGAAGAGAUUCGAUGAUCGCCGAUAGAUCCUCCUGGAAUUCUCUUCGGAACGAAAUGAUUCCUGCGAGCCGAUCGCCGAGACUGCUCUCUCGAUGAGCCGACGGUUCACCGUUCUAAACAGUUCUACAUCCGUAAACGGCGAGUAACGAGGUUCGGUAGCCGCUGAGAUUCGAACCAUUCGAAGAUAGGUACUUUUUCGACGAUUCGUUUCGAGAGAGAGAGGUCGAAAGAGAGGAGAUCGCCGGGAGAGAAGAGAAACGCAGACACUCACACGCAUUCUACACAGGCAGCACACGAGACGAGAAGCUGGAGGGGGCAGGGAGGGAGGCUCGUUCGGGUUUACGUUGGCGGGUCUACGCCACGAUAAGUGAUAUACCGAUGAUACAUACGUAUAUAAGGGAAUCGGGAGGCGCGCGGACCGGCCGGGUCCGCGAAACUUUGCAAUUUUAAUAUAUUUCUAUUGUAAGUAUAUUUGAACACUGCGAGGACACGACGGGGGAAACUAUUCGGCGAAACGUACGUAGCGAUUUGUCUUUGUCGUCGUCGUCGUCGUCGUCGUCGUUUGUAGUCGUGCGGAAGCGAAACACACUUUAUACAUAACAAUAUUAAAAAAUAUAUAUAUAUAAAUAUAUAUAUACAUAAAGA